AUGUCGGAACUCAAAUUCGACCCCAGCAUCCCCAACGAGAGCCGCAGUGGUGAAUUGUAUGCGGUGAUUAUCGUCGUCACGAUACUCUUGAUCAUAACGACGACGGCAAGAGUAAUCACGAAAUGGAAGCAUGGAUUGAAAUAUACUUGGGAUGACUAUUUGAUUGUUCUUGGGACACUCCUCAAUCUCGUAGGCAACGCCUUCGACCUUGUAGCCAUAAAGUCUGGUUUCGGUCGUCACGAACAAUAUCUUCACCCCCUCGCCCUCAUUACCUGCGCAAAAUACUCUCAACUCGCCGUUUGUAUCGCCGGUCUGGCUAUCUGCGCUAUCAAAUGCAGUGUUUGUUUCUUUCUACUCAAUAUCAUCAAAGACACACAUCGUCGAUUUACAAUAAGUAUCUAUAUCUUACUAGCCUUUACAGUGGUAUCUAGUUUUAUAAGUCUGUUGCUUUGGGGACUUCAAGCUACUCCGAUCGAAAAGCUUUGGGAUCCGAGAGUCAAGGGAACGAAGGUUUCAGGGAAGAGGUUUUUGGCUGUGGUUUAUAUUUUCUAUGCGUUCGGUGUGUUUACGGAUGUUGUCUAUUCGUUAUCACCCAUCUAUUUCCUCUGGAACAUCAAGAUCGAUCUCCAAAGAAAACUCACCAUCCUCGCUCUUACAGGCUCGGGUCUCCUUCUAACAAUAGUAGCUUUUCUUAAUAUUCACUACGCGCCCGCUUUCCUUGCUCCAGACGCUACAUGGGCUCUCGUUAAUGAAUUCAUCUGUGAUAUCAUUGAACGCAAUAUGUCAGGUGUUAUUGUUAAUUUACCAGCGCUGUGGCAUUUGGUGCAUAGGAAUAAACCGGUGGUGUCGAGUUUUGAGGGGUCGGUGGGGUAUUAUGGGAGGAGUGGUGGGUUGGGUAAUAGUGGGAUUGGUAGCGGACUAGGUAUGGGAAUUGGGGGGAAGAGGGAAAGGGAAAUGCUUGGGAGUAUGGAUGAGGAGAGAGAGAUAAUUUGGAAGAAUGCGGAUGGUGAGAGGGUGGUGGUGAAGGAGGAUAGGAGGUUUGGGAAUGGGAAUGGGAAUGGGGACGGGGAGAGUGGGAAUAGUGUUCCUCUUAGAACGAGGACCGAUAUACCUAUUAGGGAGGGGGUGUAA